GACUGUCGUUGGAAACUGGUACGGACCGGCUCUGUCGCGAGAUAAACUUUGGGUGGAGCUUUGGGAUAGCUUAUCGCGAAAAUGCCCAAGCACUUAACGGCGGCAAGUCCCCGACGACAACCGUUUCCUACGAUGUGAGGUUGGAGAGUAAUACCAUGAGAUCUAAUGUUAUGUUGGCUACAAGGACCUGCAUGAGGCAGGUCCAGAGGAGCAGGACGUUACCGGCGCAAUUGACAUUGUCCUCGAGGCGAUGGAUGUCGUCUGGUGAGGAUCGGAAAUGGUCAACGCCUCUGGCAAAACAGCUCUCAGAAGCUAUCACAGCUACUGGACCAGUUCCAUUGGCGAGCUUCAUGCGAAUGUGUUUGACUGCGGACCUUGGGGGUUAUUACAUGGAGAAACAAGAGGGCCGCGAUCCAUUUGGUCAGAAGGGCGACUUUGUUACAUCUCCAGAAAUAUCACAAGUCUUUGGCGAAUUGAUCGGUAUAUGGUUUGUGGCAGAGUGGAUGGCACAGGGAAAGAAGAGCGCUGGCAUAGAGCUGGUUGAAAUUGGCCCAGGAAGAGGAACCUUGAUGGAUGAUAUGCUUCGAACUAUUCAGAACUUCAAACCGAUGGUUGCUGCUAUUGAGGCCGUAUAUAUGGUGGAGGCGAGCCCAGCAUUGCGAGAAACACAGAGGCAGGUCCUGUGUGGAGAUUGUCCGAUGGAGGAUCACGAAAUUGGCUUCAGGAGCAUAAGCAAAUACGCUAACAUUCCUAUAAUAUGGACUGAGAAUAUUCGCUUUGUUCCGUCAUCCCCCUCAAAAUCACCAUUUAUUAUCGCUCAUGAAUUCUUCGACGCUCUUCCGAUCCACGCGUUUCAAUCGGUUGCCCCGUCCGAAGUUUCGCAAACUAAGAUUGAGACUCCUACAGGUGUUCACGACCUUGCACCCCAAGUUGCCAAAAGCUCGGCAGCAAAAGAGCCUCAAUGGCGUGAAUUAGUGGUUUCUCCUGCACCUCCAAAUUCUACUCAUGAAGACCUCGGCACGCCCAUAUCUGAGCGUGACCUCUAUCCGCCUCCAGAGUUCGAGCUUACUCUUUCUAAGGCUUCUACACCGCAUAGUUUGUAUCUCCCAGAGAUAUCAGAUCGGUACAAGGCUCUCAGGAAGUCUCCAGACUCGCUGAUUGAGAUCUCGCCAGAGUCUCACGCCUACAUGGAACAGAUUGCUAAGCGGAUAGGUGGAUCGGCUGCUGAGCCGAAAGCAGAACCAUCCGGUGCGGCAUUGAUCUUGGAUUAUGGCCCAGCAGAUACCAUACCAGUCAAUUCUUUGCGCGGAAUCAAGGGCCACCAACGCGUAUCUCCUCUGAGCUCACCGGGCCUCGUCGAUCUCUCUGCGGAUGUUGAUUUCAUGGCCCUAGCUGAGACAGCACUAAAGGCAUCUCUCGGGGUUGAAGUGCAUGGUCCCGUUGAGCAGGGAUUUUUUCUUCUCGGAAUGGGCAUUAAAGAAAGGGCUGAAAUGCUGCUGAAAGGUAACAACAUUGAUGAAGGAAAGAAGCAACGAGUUGAGGGUGCUUGGAAACGCCUUAUCGACCGGGGACCAAGCGGUAUGGGGAAGGUGUAUAAGGCAAUGGCUGUUGUUCCAGAGACGGGCGGAAAACGCCCACCUGUUGGAUUCGGCGGAGGGAUAUCACCAUGAUGGGCCACUAUUUACUGUAUGAUAAGUGUUAUGUACAAUAUAUUACGAAGUCUAAGUCUUAAUACUCACGUUCACAAGAGACAUUCAUAUAGCCCAAUAUAACUAACGUUGUCUU